UAUUUACGUCUCAAUUCAGAAAGCAAUCUGUCACCUUUACGCAGAGUUGUUGUUUUCAGAGUAUUUGAGGCAAAGAGGGAAUGUAGUUAUCAAAUCCAGGGGUCAUGUAAUCUGGUGUCACCUAUUACACAACCGCAUGUUGGUGAAACUUUUGACGCUGCUGUUAUAUCCACUAUGGACCUUUGCACUGUGCAGACGCACUGAAAACGAUCAUUAUAUUAACCUGAGACAACUGCUCCAAAAAAGGGAUCGUCACUACAUUCAUUUAUCCGCUUCUUCUGAAGACCUGUAGCCAUGGUUUUGACUGACAGUCUGAUGACCUAUUUAUUAGAGGUAAUGCUGUCACACCUGGCCUUAACCUGUGCUUUACUGCUGGCCUCUGUUGCUGCCAUCCGCCGGUUCAUCAGAGAGUCGUACAAGGUUGAGGGCUUCAGGCAGAAGCAUGUGUUCAUCACAGGCUGUGACAGCGGCUUUGGGAACCUGCUGGCCCGACAGUUGGAUGGAAAAGGUUUCCUCGUCCUUGCUGCAUGUCUCACAGAGAAAGGGGCAGCAGAUUUGGCAGCAGCGACCUCCUCCAGACUGAAGACCCUGCUGCUGGACGUCACAGACAGUGAGAGCAUCCGGAGGGGGGUGCAGUUUGUGAGCAGAGAGGUCGGAGGGCGAGGUCUGUGGGGUCUGGUGAAUAACGCUGGCAGGUCCAUCCCCAUCGGUCCAACAGAGUGGUUGAAGCUGGAGGAUUUCACAAAGGUUUUGGAUGUGAAUCUGCUCGGAGUUAUUGAUGUGACGCUUCAGUUUCUGCCUCUACUGAAACAGGGCCAGGGCAGGGUGGUAAAUGUGGCCAGUGUCUUGGGCCGACUGUCUCUGACUGGAGGAGGAUACUGUCUGUCCAAAUGGGGAGUGGAAGCUUUCUCCGACAGCCUCAGGAGGGACAUGCAUCAAUUUGGCAUCAAAGUGAGCAUUAUUGAGCCUGGUUUCUUCAAGACAGCUGUUACCAGUGUGGACCUCAUUGAAGCCGACCUGAGGAAGCUGUGGACCCGCCUCCCUCUGGAGGUCAAAGAUUCGUAUGGAGAAACAUACUUAGAAGACUAUGUGAAAGCUCAGGAAUUCUCCUUGGGCAUCUUGUGCAGUCCAGAUAUCUCCAAGGUGACCAGGUGUAUGGAGCACGCGCUCACGGCUCAGUUCCCACGCACACGUUAUGGUGCAGGCUGGGAUGCAAAGUUUUUUUGGAUCCCUCUGUCCUACCUCCCUUCAUUUCUGUCAGACUUUUUUGUAAAUAUGCUUCUUCCUUCUCCUAAAGGGUAACAAAAACAGGCAACUAAACUAAACACUAUGACAAAAGUGUUUAAAACAAUGAAUUGUGACAAUGCAUUUUUUUAAAAAGUGUGAAAACUGUUACAAAAUAGGAAAUUUAUUCAUUUCAUGUCUCAGCAGCAGCAAUUUAAACCAUAUGGGCAUGUUGUGCAUGAUCACAUAUACAGGGUUUUUUUAAAAAUUUGUCCUCAUUAUGAUACAAAAUAAAUCAUUCUGUAAAGUUAA